AUGCGCUCCUCUACCCUCCCUCUGCUCGCCGCCCUCGCCGGCCUCACCACCGCCCACUUCCAGCUCAAGUACCCUCCCACCAUUGGUUUCGAGGACGCAAAGGAAGACACGGCGCCCUGCGGCGGCUUCACCCCGGACCUCGCCGCCUCCUCCAUCCCCGACUUCCACAUUGGCGGCGACGCCGUCGCCGUCCGUCUCAGCCAUCCCCAGAGCAAGUGGCUCUUCCGCGUCACCACCUCGGACAAACCCUCCUCUGACGGCACCGGCUGGGAGCAGAUUUACCCCAUUGUGCUCCAGAGCGGCCUGGGUGAUUUUUGUCUCCCCCAAUUGACCGUGCCGGCCAAGUACGAGGGCAAAAAGGGCGUCUUGUCCAUUGUCUCGUCUGCUGUUGAUGGUCUGUUGUAUCAGUGCUCGGUUGUCAACUUUGUCUCGGGCUCCCAGAAAGCCCCCAGCGUGUGCACCAACGCCACCAUCACCGUCAACCUCAGCAGCGACACGGCCCUCUCCGCGCUCGUCAGCAGCAGCGGCAGCGGCAGCGGCGACAACGCCACCUCGACGACCGGCAGCGGCGGCGCCUCCUCCACCAGCGCCAGCGCCUCGGCCUCGCCCACAAAGAACGCGGCCGCCGCGGCGCAGGCGGGCUCUGGGCUCCUCGCCGCGCUCGGCGGACUCUUGCUGCUGUGA